ACAUCUGCUAGUGCGUAAAUUGCGUUGCAAGUGUUUACGAUACUUAUCGGCGAUAAACAAGUAAAAUAUGUUAUCGAUUUACAAUUUGCCGAACUUUUCCGAAGCGCUAUGUGUUGUGUAUUUCUUUCAUUAAGUUCUGAUUCUGUAGUUAACGUUUUCGCAUUUGAUGCAGUUUUUCAUGCAGAAAUGGUUUCAUUUUUCUGGAUUUACUUUUGUACAUUUGGAAUAUUACCAGGGAAUAAUGUUGUUUUGACCAAAUCACUUCAAUCACAAAUAUGGGAUGAUGGCUCCGGAGGUGAUAUUAAUACAGUAUUUGAAUUCGUCGACGAGCUUGAGGAGUCCAACGACUUUGUACCAACAGAUUAUGAAUCACUAUCCGCGGCACACGACCUCGAUGAAAUUAUAAAGGUUAACGAAACCGGCAAACUGGAUCUCUGUCCGCAGUCAAAAGGAGGCCAUAUCGGCAAACUGAGGUUAUCGACACAAGAAUGCGAUAGACCUCCAACAUUGCUGAAAAUCAGCGUGGAUCUUUCCCCAAACUGCUUGCUAUCGAGUUCACUGCUCGGGCUGGAAGUCUACCUAAAUAUUCGAGAACUGAACUUGGCGGGCAAUGACACACUUACCGUGACUUCCGGUUCACGCAAGAAACAGGUUCCGAAAACCAAGUAUUUCACAGCGAAAACAACUUCCAUUCUCCUCGAAGACUGGACAGAUUCAUUCGGUCAAAUAGUUGUAACGGAACUGCCUUUUGAAAUAUCGCUGCAUCACACCACGCCGUCAUUUUUCUGUGACCAUGGACUAAAUACAACGAGAAAUGCUUUUGUGAUUGACUAUUCCUUGGCCUCCAAGAACAAACUCCCCGGCUAUACCUGCCACUGCCCCAUGCUUGGCGCAUUUCUUCACGGUGAAUCCCUGCAAGACCGCACCAUCAUCAGUUGUCCGAAGCUCUGGCACGCAAACAGUAGUGAACCGGAUCCCAGCGGCCCGUACGAUUUCCGGUGUCAAAACGUCACACUCCGUCCGGAUCCAUGCUGCCCCUUGUCGCCCACAUCACCGCCUGUCCCGACCAGAGAAACAGUGAAACCCACUCGCACGACACCACCCUCUAUAUGGCCACCACGACCGCCUUCCAAUCCAUCUAACACCGAUUCCAGUGUCUCCAUUGUUUUGGGCGUGACUGCAGGCGUGCUGUUCAUCGUCGUCGUGAUAUUUGCCAUCGUGACAUACCGUGUCCGAUUGGAGCAGAGUCGUACGGCGAUGACAGCGCCGGCGAUCAGUGAGCACAGUCAGACCGGUUGGACCAAUGGGGGAAUGGCUGUGACGGAAGAUCCGCCCCCUCUGUAUGGCGCGCCACCGACGUACGCGGAAGCCAUGCAGAAUGAGAGCAUUGUAAUUCUUUCUGGGUUCGACAGCGGUGGUGACGAAGAAACGGGAGAGAAUAAUACGAUAGCGUCUGCUCCUCUUUAUGAGUCUGUACUGCAUGUCCAACCAGAUACUGCACCCCUUGGAGAUUCGAUCAGGGAAGACGGUGCGGUAAAUGCGGGGUUUCAGCUGGACGAGACUAGCGAGGAUGCAGAUUGUUCAACAAAAAACAAAUCAGAAGUUGUUUCCGAUUAAAUUUUUGCAGUUUGCCACGAUUAAAUGUGAUUUGUGUAAAAACUGUGCAAUAUUGUAUUUUUGUUGACCUUAAAUUGUUGAUUUAUUUGUUGGCUAUUGGAUGCAUAAUACUACGAUCCCAUGAUGCGAAACUGUGGUGGUCAUCAGCGCAUUUAAUUCUUUAAGCGUUGUCGCUAAAGCCCCAAAGUAACCUAUGAAUACUUAAAGAAGAAGAUACUGAGGAGUUA